AUGUAUGUGUGUGAGUACGCUGUAACUACCUGCGUGGUGAAGGUGCAUACAACAAUGUAUGCGUUUGCAACUGAACGAAGCAACGAUGGUGACAGCAAUGGUGAUCGUAGCAUGGCAGAGUGGCCAGGGAGGAUGAGACUGGGAGGAUCGGGUGUGCAGGGCGGGGAUGGUGGGAAGGGGUACGGUGAAUUGGGAUGUGUGGCACUGGGCAAGCGUAGUAGUUCUCUGAAAAAAAAUAUUUAG